AGAAGUCAAAUCAGAAAUAUUCCAGAUAAUAAUUCGCUGGAAGGUAUGUCCUCGGGAAUCGUAGAGGCGUGGAAACUUUACAACGACGAAAGGUCUGGGGUACUAUUCGUAGUUGAAGAUGUGACAUAUAACAUUUGUGAACAGCGAGCUCAUGAAUUUAAAAUAAAAAAAUUAAAUCCUAAGAUAAAAGUGUUCCGAAGGAGUUUAACACAAUUGAUAGCUGCAGCCACACUUGAUGUAAAUAAAGAAUUAAUAUUAGAUGGCAACAUAAUUGCUGUAGUCUACUAUAGAAGUGGUUACGAACCGAGCCAAUAUCCCACAGAAGCAGAAUGGAAUGUUAGAUUGAUGAUGGAAAGAUCUAAAGCUAUUAAGUGUCCUUCGAUUCAGUAUCAUCUUGCAGGAACAAAGAAGAUUCAACAAGUUCUCACUCAGCCCGGAGUAGUAGAAAAAUUCUUGAAUGGAGAGAAAAUUUCUUCUAGAGUCCGAAAAAUAUAUACUGGAAUGUAUCCCCUGGAUUUUACUGUCGAAGGUGACAGAGCAAUCGAAAUGGCCAUAGAAAAUCCUGAAAAUUUUGUACUCAAACCCCAAAGGGAAGGUGGUGGAAACAACAUCUUUGGUAAAAAUAUAAAAACCUUCUUAACAAGCAUAAAGGGAAAGAAGGAGAGAACUUCUUGGAUCUUAAUGGAUAAAAUUUAUCCACCUUCACAGAAAAAUUACUUCAUUCGUCCAGGAAGUGACGAUUAUGAAAAAAUUGAUGCCGAUUAUGAGGUUGGCAUUUUCGGCGUUAUAAUUGGUGAUUCCAGAAAUAUAUAUUUUAAUAAAGAAGCUGGGUAUAUGGUGAGAUCGAAACCAGUUACUGCGAAUGAAGGAGGAAGGUUAAGUGGAGGUGCUCUGUCCAGUAUUUAUUUAGUAUAAUUAGUUAAUUGGCACUUAACUUUAUCCAUGAUGACAAUGUAUAUAAUAAAAUAAUUACACUAGAACCGCAUUUAUAUCCGCUGUCCGGGAACGUAAACAUUCACUUAUAUCCUCCCACGAGGGGAUCCCACCAAUGCUGCACAGCGAAGGGGAAAUAGUCGCGCUGCGCUCUGAUUGGCUUGUUUGUCACUUGUUACUUCGAGGUGGGGGAUGCCUAGCAGAUAUAAAUGAUAUUAUUAAAAUUAUUAAAAUUACUCAAUGUAUUAUUGUAAAAGUUGGUGAAGAUCUUCAUUUUAGUACCUCAUAGCAAGUCCCAAAGUAAAAAUAAGGUUAAAUUAUUGUAAGCCAGAGCAAAAAAGUAUUAUGUACCCGAAAAAUCACUUUAACAGAUGUCCACACAUGAAUGAUGCAAACUUUGUAGUCACGCAGGAAGUGAAUAAUUAAGCACUUUAAAAUUUUUGCUUAAGAAUAUUAAAGCUACACUCAAAAAGUACGAUUUUUAUACCAUUAAUAUUUUUGUUU